GAGUAUGGCCUGCCUCUUUUGCAGUCCUGCCAUGAUUAUAAAAGGCAUAUCUUUUCCUGCCAAUCCUCAAAACAACACCAUCAACAACCACAUUUACAAUCAAUCAUUCAGCACUUCGAAUCCUCAAGUCAUUCAUCAUGCAGACCACCAUCCUCAUCACUGCCUUUGCCAUCUUCGGCGCCAUGGCUACUCCGGCCCCAAGCCUCUUGGGCAUUGAAGUCAUCCGCGAGGAUAAUGUAACCUUGGUUCGUGAAGUUCCACGCUCAUUGAACGCACGAUCGUGCACCAACUGUGUUCACGUUGGAGGCGAGUGCACAAUUGGAGAGGGUAACUGCUACAGCUCUGAGCAUGCUUAUUGCACCGAUUGUGGUAACGGACGUGUCAUCUGUGUUGAUACUGCUGGGGGUUCUUGCGCUGCUCCAUAGGCAUAUACAAGCGGUAUUAUAUUCGGCACUUCGGCUUGGAGUUUACUCUGUUGAUGAAGGAGUGGUGGAGGAAUCACAAUCAUCUUCUGUAUCUUAAAGGCCUAGAUAUCAGUCGACUGUCAUUACCAAAUACUGAAAUAAAGCUUUUUGGCAUAUUCCUGUGAAGAUAGUAAUUAGAUACUUUGGUUUAAGGUGAGGGAACGUAAUGUAUCGAUGUUAUCA